CGCGCGCCAUGGCUGCUGGAGAAAUGUGCUGCAAGAUGAAGCUCCUGAAGCUGCUUCUGCUCCUGUGUGUCCUCGCUCUGUGGAUAGACGGAGGAUUCACGAAAGAAAAAUCAGCGAAGAAGGGCAAGAAGAAAGGCAAACAGGUCUACUGCCCAUCGCAGCUCUCCUCCGAAGACCUCGCCCGGGUUCCUGCUAACUCCACGAGUAACAUCCUCAACCGCCUCCUGAUCAGCUACGACCCGAGAAUCCGCCCCAACUUCAAAGGAACGCCUGUGGAGGAUCGUGUCAACAUCUUCAUCAACAGCUUCGGCUCCAUCCAGGAAACCACCAUGGAUUAUCGAGUGAACAUUUUCCUGCGUCAGCGCUGGAAUGAUCCGCGUCUUCGUCUUCCUCAGGACUUUAAAUCCGAGUCUCUGACCGUCGACCCGAAGAUGUUUAAGUGUUUGUGGAAACCUGAUUUGUUCUUCGCCAACGAGAAGAGCGCCAACUUCCAUGAUGUCACACAGGAGAACAUCCUGCUCUUCAUCUUCCGAAACGGAGACGUCCUCAUCAGCAUGAGAUUAUCAGUGACUCUCUCGUGUCCUCUCGACCUGACUCUGUUCCCCAUGGACACUCAGAGAUGCAAGAUGCAGUUGGAGAGCUUCGGCUACACCACAGAUGACCUGCAGUUCAUGUGGCAGUCUGGAGAUCCAGUACAGAUGGAUGAAAUCGCUCUUCCUCAGUUCGAUAUCAGACAGGAGGACAUCGAGUACGGAAACUGCACCAAAUAUUACUCGGGAACCGGUUACUACACUUGUGUGGAGGUGAUCUUCACCCUCAGGAGGCAGGUGGGCUUCUACAUGAUGGGUGUGUAUGCUCCUACGCUGCUGAUCGUCGUGCUCUCCUGGCUCUCAUUCUGGAUAAAUCCAGAUGCUAGCGCCGCUCGAGUCCCUCUGGGAAUCCUGUCGGUUCUAUCGCUGUCCUCAGAGUGCACCUCUCUGGCCUCAGAGCUGCCCAAGGUGUCGUACGUGAAGGCCAUCGAUAUCUGGCUGAUUGCGUGUUUGCUGUUUGGCUUUGCAUCGUUGGUGGAAUACGCCGUGGUGCAGGUGAUGCUCAACAGCCCCAAACUGCUUGAGGCCGAGAAGGCGAAGAUCGCCAGCCGCGAGAAAGCAGAGAGCCGAGUGACGACGAAACUGAACAGUCUGAACGGAGCCGGAGGAACACCACUACAUAUCAGCACUCUACAGGUGACAGAGACACGCUGUAAGAAGGUUUGCACGUCGAAGUCGGAUCUGCGCUCGAGUGACUUCAGCAUUGUUGGUUCUCUGCCGCGAGACUUUGAGCUCUCGAACUUUGACUGCUACGGGAAACCCAUCGACGUCGGAAACACGGCAGGAAAAACGCAAGCCAAAAACAGCAAGAAACCUCCGCCGGCCAAACCUGUCAUCCCGUCAGCUGCCAAACGCAUCGACCUUUACUCGCGCGCCAUCUUCCCCUUCUCCUUCCUCUUCUUCAACAUCAUCUACUGGUCUGUAUACCUGUGACCCUCCUCCAUUCCUCACUCGUCUCCAUCGUCUCCAUCUGUCAUCAAACCUCAGGCGUCAA